AUGAAUCUACUUCCUAUUGUCGUGAUUGUGGCUGCCUUCACCGUGGUGGCAAGAGCUGACACAUACACCGACAGAUACGACUCGAUGAACGUGGACGAUGUAAUUUCUAACAAGAGAUUACUGGUCGCGUACAUCAAGUGUGUUAUGGAUAACGGCCGGUGCACACCAGAGGGAAAAGAGCUGAAAACUCAUAUCACAGAUGCUCUACAGAGUGGAUGCGCCAAAUGCACGCAAAAGCAACGACACGCCAUCAAGAAGGUUAUAAAGCAUCUCAUACACAAUGAAAAGGAUUAUUGGAGCCAACUAGUCGACAAGUACGACCCUCACAGGACCUACUCGCGAAUGUAUGAAAAGGAAUUGGGCUCGAUAUGA